AAAAUUUAAAAAAAAGGAACUUUUUUCGGUUUUUAUUUUCUGUCUUUCUCAUGGAAAAUUCAAACAACAAAUCUCCAAUGAAUUAUCAAGAUUUGCUUCUUUCUUUUCAAGAUUUUAACUUAGGAGAAAUUUUAACAAGUUCUGAUGAUGAAACUACUGAUCCUCUAAGCAAAAGUGGCUAUUUUUGCAAUGAUUCAAAUUUUCCAAUGGCUCAAAAUAGUGUUCAAUCAUCAUUACAAUGGCCAUCAACAAGUUCUUCAAAUAUUUGGGCUUAUGAUUACAAUCCCAACAAUGGAAUUUCAAGCACCAAAUCUUCACAGAAAAGCAUAUUGGAUCAUGCAGAUAUGAGAAAAAGUACCAAAUAUGAAUAUGGAUCUUCCUCAACAUAUAAUUCAAUGAAUGAAUCCAAUUUUGGUCAAGAAUCUGCAGAUUAUAAUGAGCUUCCAUUAGAUUAUAACAAUUGGACUAAUGAGGAUUAUUCAAAGUGUUUAAACUGCUUGUCGAAUCAGACUGUUUCAGCAUUGCGCUAUGGUUAUCUGCCAAAUUUAGGAUUCAACAUUGUUAAGAUGGCUAAAAAUCCCAAUGCCUCGCGAUUAUUACAAAAGUUUCUUGAGCUGAAUAACUAUUACUACAUACAAAGGAUACUUAAUGAGGUUCUUAAUUCAUUUUUUGAGGUGAUGAUUGACGAAUCUGGACAUGCUUUCUUCGUAAAACUUGUUGAGGUCUGCAAUGACAAACAGAUGGAACUAAUUCUCUGUAGAUUUCACUCUCAUAUGGAUUUGUUUCUACAAACAGCUUUUAUAAAAUAUGGUUCAAAGUCUAUUCAAAUGCUAAUUGUAAUCCUAAAAGAGAAGCCAUCAUUGGCCAAAUAUUGCUCACAAAUUGUGUCUUUGAAGUUAAUUGAACUGAUGACUGAUCGAAUGGGACGAUACGUUGUUGAAAAGUGUUUCCAUGUCUUCAAUGAGAAGCAGAAAGAGGUUCUGUAUCGGAGGGUUAUUAGUUGUUUCAGAGAUUUGGCUACAAAUGAUUGUGGAUGUAUAUCUUUGAAUGUUUGCAUUGAUUAUAUCACUAACCCUCUCAGAAAGGAACUACUUGAGAAAAUUGCAAACCAAUCAGGUUACUUUGCCAAUGAUCCCUGGGGGAACUAUGUUGUGCAGCAUGUUCUUGAACUCAGGGACACAGAGGUUUCAAGUAAGAUAUUCAGUCAACUUGAGAAGGAGUACUUAACACUAGCCUUCGAAAAAGUUGGUAGCCACGUUGUUGAGAAAUGCAUAGAGUCAUCAAAAUCUGGAAUGAUUUCAGUAGUUGAUGUUCUUCUAACUGAUGCAAAAGCAUUAGUUCAACUUGCCACAGAACCUUAUGGCAAUUAUGUGAUUCAGAAAGCAUUGAAAUCCACAAAGGUGCAUAGAGAGGAAACGCGCCAUCAAACUCUAGCCAGAAUUCUAAUGGCACAUGGCUCGGUUCUUGUAAACAGCAUACCUGGGAAACGUGUGAUCUUAACUAUCAAAAAACUAAACCCAGUUUCUUAUUAUGGAGCUUUGAAUACAUAAUCAAGAUUCAAGACUGUUGAGGAAGACAAUAUUGUUUCUGUGUUUUUCUGUAUAUGUUACUUCUGUAUAAUCUGUGUCUCUUUGUUAGUACUUAGUAACACAAGGGUGAAUUUGGGAUGAUGAAAAUCAGCGUCUAAAAUUGUAAGAUUUGCUUGAGAUUGGUAGUCUGGUACUUUGAUAGAAAUACUUUGUAAGAGUUCUUGUGUGUUUAGUACAAAAGCAUUUGUUUA